AAAAACCAAAACAAAACAAAACAAAAAAAAUGAGUCACCAGGGCACGUUUCUCCAUGGCAAGUAGGAAGAUUUCUGCACUCUGCAGGAGUGCAGAGCCCGGACUCCGCCACAGCUUGCUGCGCAGCCCCCAGCCCACCCCGUAGUGGGGCGUGAUGAGCUAGCGCCGAGUCAAGCCCCCUCCCGACGGGGUGGGGGGGUCCCAGGCGCUGGUACAGCUGCUCCUGCGCACAACCCGCCACGCCCCUGAGAGGCACCCGCGUGCAACCGCGCCUGCGCCAGGCGGGAGCAGGAAGUGCCCGCCACGCCCCAUCGACUGAGACAAAGAGCAGUCCGCGUGCUCCAGCCUCCGCCAUGGCUUCUGAGGAGCUGUACGAGGUUGAAAAGGUUGUUGACAAAAGGAAAAACAAAAAUGGGAAGACUGAAGACAACAGCGAGAAGGACAUGGUGGAGCCGGAGAAGCACCUGGUGAACUGUGAGUGCAUCCACGAUUUCAACGGGAACCACGCCGAGAAGCAAAAAGAGAGCGCGCUCACCCAGACCAGCGGGACCUCUUCCAAAAAUGCCAGGAAGCAGAUUUCCAGGUCCACUAACAGCAGCUUCUCCGACACCUCCCAGAAGGCCCAGGUGAUCAAGGACCACGAGUCCAAGAACCUUGCAUCGGUUGCGGCCCGCCUGAAGUUAAAGAAAAGUACAGCACCUUCCCCGUCCAGCCCAGAGGUCACGGAUCUUCCAGAGACAGGUAUCAAUACCCCUGUGUCUGCGAGCCCCAUUAAAAGCCGGACUGCCGUGGACGGCUUUCCGAGCAAAGGCCCUGAGAAGCUGGACCCCAUUAAGCAGGGUCCCGAGGACACGGUGGCACCAAAAGUGGCAGCAGAGAAGCCCGUGAGAGCUUUGUUGGGCCCUGGUGCGCAGCGAGCCAGGAUGGGGAGCAGGUCCCGAAUACACCCGCUAGUGCCCCAGGUGCCGGGCCGGGUGACCGCAGCCCAGGCCGCAGAUUUGGCUGUUGAAGGGCAAGGUACCUCUGAGGUCACAGAUGCGCUCACAGCCAGUGAAACAACCAACGUACAGACAUCUGUUAAAGGAGCGACAACCCAGAAAAGGAAAUUUGUUGGCAAAAGAGACCCAUCUUGUAACAAGCGGUUGCGUUUCAGUUUGAGGCAAACAGAGAGUGCCUACAGAUAUCGAGAUAUUGUCGUCAGGAAGCAAGAUGGCUUCACCCACAUCUUCUUGUCCACAAAAUCAUCAGAGAAUAACUCACUAAAUCUGGAGGUCAUGAAAGAAGUCCAGAGUGCUCUGAACACGGCCGCUGCCGAUGACAGCAAGCUGGUGCUUCUCAGCGCCAUCGGCAGCGUCUUCUGCUGCGGUCUCGACUUUAAUUAUUUCCUACAGCGUCUCACAGAUAACCGGAAAAGAGAAAGCACUAAAAUGGCCGAGGCGGUCAGAAAUUUCGUGAAUGCUUUCAUUCAGUUUAAGAAGCCUAUUAUUGUAGCAGUAAAUGGCCCAGCCAUUGGACUAGGAGCAUCCAUAUUGGCUCUUUGUGAUGUGGUCUGGGCUAGUGAAAAGGCUUGGUUUGAAACACCCUAUGCUACCUUAGGACAGAGUCCAGAUGGCUGCUCUACCGUUACAUUUCCCAAGAUUAUGGGAGGAGCAUCUGCAAGUGAGAUGUUGCUCAGCACGAGGAAACUGACAGCGCAGGAGGCCUGCAACAAGGGCCUGGUUUCCCAGGUGUUUUGGCCGGGGUCCUUCGCCCAGGAAGUCAUGGUUCGCAUCAAGGAGCUGGCCUUGUGUAAUCCAGUUGUGCUGGAGGAGUCCAAGGCCCUCAUGAUGUGUAACAUGAAGCUGGAGCUGGAGCAGGCCAACAAGAGGGAGUGCGAGGUGCUGAAGAAGAUCUGGGGCUCGGCCCAGGGCGUAGACUCCAUGUUAAAGUACUUGCACGGAAAAAAUGAUUAAUUCUGAUUGGCAACCACGCGUGGAAGACACUAGAGCUGGUCUGACUGGGACAUCAGUGGUUCCCAGCUGCCACGGUCCAUCCAUGGCCUGAAACACGUUCACCUGUAAUUCAUCCAUGGAAGCAGGACUAGAAACAUCUCAGCUAUUUAUUUCUGAGGAGAUUUUAUGUUCUGUAUCUUUAAGAUAAUUGCAAAGCUCUUUUGUCCAAACAUUAUUUUAUAUUUAUCCACGCACAAGUGUAAAAGCGGAGUGGUAAACACUAGACUGCUCUUGGAAACUCAUUGUUUGUUUCCUUUGGCUAGUACUGUAUAAAAAAAGAAUUGGGUGGGGCUGGGAUGUAGCUCAGUGGCGCUGUGCCUGCCUCGCGAAAAGAAUUGUGUUCUGUUCAUUUGGGUGACAGGAGAGUCUGGAAUAAUGUUUGUUUUCCCCAUUUGCCCCUACUAAAAAGGGUAGUAGCCAGCCCCAACUUUUCUGCCCCAUAUAGAGAUACAAAGAUCUGGGAUGUUUGCUUUGUCUCCAAGGAGCCAGGUAUAGAUAUUUCGGAGAUGCAGAAUUCUAAAUCAGAAGCAAAACUUGCCUUCUAGGAAGUGUUUCCUAGGAUAGUCUUAGCAAGUACUUAGGAUUCAUGUUGAACUAUCAAUGGGUUCUCCUUUCCUAAUAUGUCCAUUCUUAACCAGUUAACAUGAAGAAAAUAGCUGUCUUGCUAGAAGAAAGCCUGUUUUGCAGUAUUAGUUGCUGACAAGGUUAAGAAUGAAUACGUUAUAAGUUAGUUUUAGUGGGUUUUAAAUAGUUUUUUUCUUUCUUUUUUUGUUUUUGUUUUUGUUUUUUUGAU